GCGGCGUGACAGCGAAGGCGGCGCGCUCUUCCCGCCCGCGUUCCCCGCAGGGCCGCAGUGGCCGUUGCCGCCGCGCGCCGCCGUUGCUCGGCGGUCGCUGUCCGCCCUCCCGUCCCGCCGCCCCGGUGCCAGGUCGGCGCGCGGCCCCGCUCUUUGUCUGCGGCGCGGGGACCGGAACGCGAUCGCUGCUAAACUGCCGCUUUCCCCUGCCCUCGUAGUCCCGAAAAGAGGAGAAGAGUCGGAAAGUUUUCCCCGCGCUUAGGGUUAAAGGGAGGAGGAAGGCUGCUUCCCCCCACACCCUCCCGCCGCAGCGGGUUUUCUUUGUGUGUGGGUGUACAGACUGCAAACUUUCAGCUGGCGGCCGAGCUUGAAGUGCUUUAAAUCAGAGCGCGGCCGCAGCCGCGCGCAAGAAGUUCCCAACUUGCGCGUCCCUGCCGUUGUGAGGCGGCGGCGGAGCAGCUCCGCUCGGCGCCCCGGGGCCGUCAGUCGUCUCGGGCUGUGCGGGCUGCCGCGCACAAAGGGACCCGGGGCACAAAGAACCAAGUUUCGGCGGUUCGCAGCCCUCGACCUCCUCCCUCCCCCCCCUUCCCCCCACUGUGCAGUGAUUUGAGGGCACGGCGCUGACUCCUCGUGUCGCAGCCCUGAGGUGUAGUUGCAAUAUCAGGCAGUGAAACAGAAGAUGAUGACACUAUGGAUGUCCCACUGGAUCUUUCCUCAUCUGCUGGCUCGGGCAAACGGAGGAGACGUGGCAACCUACCCAAAGAGUCUGUGCAGAUUCUUCGGGACUGGCUUUAUGAGCACCGAUACAAUGCUUAUCCUUCAGAGCAAGAAAAAGUGCUGUUAUCCCGGCAAACACACCUUUCCACACUACAGGUCUGCAACUGGUUUAUCAACGCACGCCGCAGGCUCUUACCUGAUAUGCUGAGGAAGGACGGCAAAGACCCAAACCAGUUCACCAUCUCACGGCGGGGGACCAAGCUUCCUGAAGGCAGCAUGAUGGAGUCCUCCAUGGGCACAAAGAACUUCCUUCCCUUGCUGGAGGAGAGCCCCUUCCUUCCCACCUCUGCCACGCUCAGCAAGACUGUGUCCUCUUCCAAGCCUGUGUCCCCAGGGUCUGUCCUGGCUCGGCCCUCGGUGAUUUGCCACACGACUGUGACUGCGUUGAAAGAUGCCCCUUUCCAUUUUUGUCAGCCAGCUGAUGUGGGCCAGACCACAGACCUGCAGCAGCCCUCAGCCAACGCCUUCACAGACAGCUCCCUCUCCUACCACGAGGAUGCCUCUAAACUGGGACCUGGUGCGAAUGCGCAAAGCGGGCUCUUUAACACUCCUCCUCCAACCCCACCAGACCUCAACCAGGAUUUUAGUGGAUUCCAGCUACUGGUGGAUGUUGCACUCAAAAGGGCGGCAGAGAUGGAGUUGCAGGCAAAACUCAUGGCCUAAAUCCCCUUCCUUCUCUUUCCCCAUUUUGUUUUUUUUUUUUCCAGGCAGGGAUCUAACAGCUGUGUGGUUAUUGCCACCCACACAAUAUCAAAAGACUUAACUGCAUUAUUAUUAUUUUUUUUUAUUAAUCUUAUUUGCACAAGGGAUUGCUGAAAUGAAGCUUCCUGUCACUGAGAUGGUCUUCAGUGGAAUAUGGUCAUUCCAAGAAUUAUAAACUUUAAAGCUACUGUAGAAAGAAAGGAUUGUGUGUUUUUUGUUUUUUUUUUUUUGUUUUGUUUUGUUUUGUUUUUUAAUAUUUUCUUUGUAGGUUUUUCAUAAUGUGAUAUGGUUCCCAAGAUCAUGUGAUUUGUUUUUUUUCUAUCAGACUGUGCAAUAUCUAGUAAUGAUAUAGAGUCUUCUUAUCAUUCCCAUGCGGAACAGAAUAUACCGACACGCUGUCUAAAAUAAAUUUUCAAUUUUUUUAACAAUAUGAACUUUGGAUGAUUAUGCUUUUUUUCCCACAAUGUAAUAAAAUAUU